AUGGAUCUCGCAACUAUAGAGGGAUUCGCUGAAACGCUACUGGCUCCACCCAAUGUGGUCACAUCGGAAUCUCGUGAACAAGCUACGUUCUUCUUUGAAGAUUUGAAGAAGAAAAUCACAAUUUCUGAAUGUUUGAUUCUUCUCCGAGAAUCGAAGAACCCCUUCGUUUUAUUUCAAAUCGGACAAGCUGUUGGAGAGAUUGUACUCAGAGAUUGGUCAUUGAUUGAACCGAAUGAUGUACAAGUUGCCUAUAAGACUCUUCUAGAAUUUGUUGCCACUUCUCUGAGUCUCGAAUCAUAUGUCGUCGGAGCAUGUCUGAAAUCGGCUGCAAUGAUAAUCAAACGUGGAAUUCUCGAUGGAAAAUCGGGUGAUCAAGAGGAAUUGUAUCAGUUUAUUCAUCAAAUGCUCACAAAUGAAUCAUCAACGAUUCAAGCUGCUGGUUGUCUCUUCAUUAGUGCUCUAAUCGAACAAUUCUCUUCGGCAUGGAGAAAUUCAAAGUUUUCGAUCACUUGGGAUUUUCAUUUACAAGCAAAAUCUACUUUUGAGAACAAUGGACUCCGCCGUCUUCUUGAAAUGUCUCUCACUACACUUCAUGCUUUAUCAAAUCAAGAAGAUAUUGUUGGUAACAACUUCACGAGAAGAUUAUGUGAUAGAUUUCUCGAAGUUUCUGAGAAUAUUCUGUCCUGGAACUUCUCAAGCAGAUUGUAUCGACGAUUUUUGAGUAAUCAUCAGGUAAGAUUUGGAAAUAAAAAGAAGAAAGGGAAAACGAAUCAGUUUUAA